AUGCAGGAAGCGUCCGCCCCACUGCCUUCGGAGCCGGGCCCCAGCCCCGUGCCUGCCUUCCUGGGGAAGCUAUGGGCUCUGGUGGGCGACCCGGGCACGGACCACUUGAUCUGCUGGAGCCCGAGCGGCACCAGUUUCCUCGUAAGUGACCAGAACCGCUUCGCCAAGGAGGUGCUGCCCCAGUACUUCAAACACAGCAACAUGGCCAGCUUUGUGCGACAACUCAACAUGUACGGGUUCCGGAAGGUGGUGAGCAUCGAACAGGGAGGUCUGCUACGGCCAGAGCGCGACCACGUCCAAUUCCAACACCCGAGCUUCCUGCGCGGUCACGAGCAGCUCCUGGAGCGCGUGCGGCGCAAGGUGCCCGCGCUGCGCACUGACGACGGUCGCUGGCGCCCGGAGGACCUGGGGCGGCUGCUGGGCGAAGUGCAAGCUCUGCGGGGAGCGCAGGAGAGCGCGGAGGCGCGGCUGCGCGAGCUCAGGCAGCAGAACGAGCUCCUUUGGCGGGAGGUGGUGACCCUGCGGCAGAGCCACGGGCAGCAGCACCGGGUCAUUGGCAAGCUGAUCCAGUGCCUCUUGGGGCCACUUCCGGCAGGGUCCAGCAGCACCGGAACCAAGAGACAGCUGUCCCUGAUGCUGGAUGAGGGGGGCGCAUGCCCACCACCUGCCAAGUUCAGCUGCCCGCUACCUGGGGCCCUCCUGCAGGACCCCUACUUUAUCCAGUCACCACUGCCAGAGGCCACCUCCAGGCUCAGCAGCCCGCUCCGGACCAGGGGGCCCAUCAUCUCUGACCUUCCCGAAGACCCCAGAUCCCCAACUGGGCCUGGACUUCCUUCCUCCAGUGGUGGUGGGAGGGAGAAGGGUCUGGCCCUGCUCAAAGAAGAGCCAGCCAGUCCAGGGGGGAAAGUCGAGGCUGGGCUGGCCCUGGCCCCAAACCAGUGUGACUUCUGCGUGACAGCCCCCCCACUACUGCCUGUGGCUGUGGUCCAGGCCAUCCUGGAAGGGAAAGGGCGCGUCAGCCCCAAGGGGUCCCGGAAUGCCCAGCAGCCUGAACCAAGGGACCACAGGGAGGUUCCUGCCAGGGAGACUCUAGACCUGGAGAGGUGCCGGAGCUCAGAGAGUCUGCUGCCUCCCAUGCUGUUUCAAGGUUCCCCAGAAAGUCUGGAGCCUGCAGGGCCCCUGGAUGUGUUAGACCCCAGCCUCUCAGGGUGCGAGUGGACCCUGAUGGAUGUGAACCUGGAGCCAUCCCUGGUGCAGCCUUCAAUGCCAGAGAGAGGUGAUACUGAGCUGUCAAUCAAGGGGUUCACUUCCCAGGGCCCAGUUAAGGAUUCCCACCUUGGGAGGCCACUCCUGCUGGAUGUCCCAGCGGCUUUGGGAGGGCCAGCCCUCAGCCUGCCUGGGGCUUUCACCAUUUACAGUCCCCCGGAUUGCCAAGUCUCCUACCAGCGCUCCGGAGCCAGCCCCUGCCCCUGAGUGCCCUCCCCUGGAGAGCCAGCUAAGCCCAGGGGCUGGUACCACGGGGCUCACUCUUCUCGGCUUCCAGGAGCCCCCAGCCUAAGGCUGAGCAAAGCCCGGCUCCUGUACUCCACAGCCACUCUCACUCCCCUGCCUAUCCCUGCAUAUAAAACUGCAUUUUUCUCA